AUGCUAAUUGUCCAAGACCUGGUAACACAGACACGAACUUGGCGACCGAGUCUAGCACCCAGUGAACCCUGGCGCGCCCGUCCCGGUAUUGUCGUCAUGAAGUUCGGCGAGCAGCUCCGUUCGAGCAUCAUUCGCGAGUACCAAUGGUACUACAUCGAUUACGAUGCCCUCAAGGCUGAUCUCAAGACAGCCACGGGCCCGAUAACCUCGACGGACAACAAGGGUAAAGGCGUGAAACGAGAAUGGUCCGAGGAAGACGAGGGCCGCUUCGUCAAGAAGCUCGAGGCCGAGCUCGACAAAGUGCACACAAAGCAGCAGGUUAAAGCGAUGGAAAUCUCGAGGCGCAUUGCCGUGAGCGAGCGCGAGGUGAAGGGAGUUGUGAAUCGCCUCAACGAGCGAGGUCCUCGUGAGGACGGACCUAGCGAAGAGGAGUUUAUGCUCUUGGAAGAGGACUUGAGCGACAUCAUCGCCGAUGUACACGACCUUGCCAAAUUUGUGCAGCUGAACUAUACUGGCUUCUAUAAAAUUAUCAAGAAACACGACAAACUGACCGGCUGGCAUCUCAAACCUGUCUUCGAUACCAGGCUGAAGGCGAAGCCGUUCUACAAAGAAAACUAUGACGCUUCCGUUGUAAAGCUCUCCAAGCUGUACGAUUUGGUGAGGACAAGGGGCAACCCGGUCAAGGGCGAUAGUGCAGCCGGUGGUACCCAAGGCAGCUUCGUUCGUAACACGACGAAGUACUGGGUUCAUCCGGACAAUGUAACCGAGCUGAAGCUCAUCAUUCUGAAGCACUUGCCCGUACUUGUUUUCAACGCCAGCAAGGAAUUCGAAACGCAAGACUCGGCUAUCACUUCCAUCUACUACGACAACCCAGACACCUGGGAUCUGUACGAGGGUCGGCUGAAGAAGACCGAGGGAGCAGAGGCUAUCCGUCUAAGAUGGUAUGGCGGAAUGCAGAGCGAGAACAUUUUUGUUGAGCGUAAAACACAUCGUGAAGACUGGACUGGGGAGAAAUCCGUCAAGGCACGUUUCUCACUCAAGGAAAAGAAUGUUAACUCGUACAUGCGAGGCGAACUUCUGCCUGCAGCUCUAUUCGAAAAGGCACGCAAGGAGGGUAAGAAGUCUGAGAAGCAAAUUGCCGAAGACGAGAGACUUGCAGCGGAGGUGCAGUACUCGGUGUUGAAGAAAGGCUACAAGCCCGUGUGCAGAUCCUUUUACAACCGCACCGCCUUCCAACUCCCUGCUGAUGCUCGCGUCCGCAUCUCCCUGGAUACGGAACUGACAAUGAUUCGCGAGGAUAACCUUGACGGUGUUCAGCGCUCAGGCGACAACUGGAGGCGGAUGGAUAUCGGUAUUGAUUACCCCUUCUCGCAGCUGCCGCCUAGUGACAUUGAGCGGUUCCCAUACGCCGUACUUGAAGUCAAGCUGCAAACACAGCUUGGCCAAGAGCCUCCGGAGUGGGUUCGGCAGCUCAUUUCCAGCCAUUUGGUUGAGGCUGUCCCCAAAUUCUCCAAGUUCAUCCAUGGAGUUGCUUGUCUCUUCCCUGAUCGGAUUAACUUGCUGCCGUUCUGGAUGCCGCAGAUGGACGUCGAUAUCAGAAAGCCUGUUACCCAUGACUUCGGUAUUCAUAGGCCGAACCAGUCAGCAACGACAACAACAUCUGACGACGAAGACGACGAUGACCUUGACUCUGACGAUGAAGAGGGUGCCUUGGUUGUCAGAAACAACGGAACAACAAACGGAGAGUCUAGUCGCCAGGGCGCUAGCAGAAACGGAGCGCUUGACAUAGAAGAUCAGACGACCGAUGCCAUCGCCAUCGCCGAUAAUGAAGACUUUCUGUACGAUUCGGACGAAGAAUACGAUGCCGAUGAGGCUCUGGAAGAAGCUCGCAGAAUUGGUGGAUGGACGUACUAUUCUACUCUUGCCUCGACGAAGGCGCGCGCUCUUGGUCACAAUGUCGGCGAUGUACUGAAAUGGGUCGUGCCUCAUCCCCGCGGUUCAGUGAUCCCGCGAAGAGAGGUACAAACCCAACUUUUUGGCUCCGGAGAUAUUCAAACCAAGAGGUUCAAGGCUCCCAAGGGCAAGAAGAUUUAUGUCCCCGUCCGUGUCGAGCCCAAAGUUUACUUCGCAGCUGAGAGGACGUUCCUCGGCUGGCUCGAGUAUUCGAUCUACGUCGGCACAGUAGCCGUUACGCUGCUCAACUUCGGCUCCAAACCAACAAGUGCAUCAUUCAUAGUGGCCGGCGUGUUUACAUUGCUCGCCAUUCUAUCGCUCUGCUACUCUGUCGUCAUUUACUUGUACAGGAGCAAAGCUAUCCGCACUAGGAGGGCGGCUAAGUUUUACGAUCGAUGGGGCCCCAGUGCGCUCUGUGGUGCGUUGUUCAUUGCCGUGGUCCUCAACUUCGCGUUUGAGGGCAGGGAGCGCAAGUACUGGUGA